CUAAAUGUUGUUCUAUGUGUGCAGUAGUGGUGCAAUUAAAUAAACCUUUGGACGGUAAGUAUCUGAAAGUAAUAACAAUGAAGAAGAAAUUGCACAAGCCGGGUGCCGUGUUUAUUUAAGAUAAAAAUCUCCUAAUGAUACCAACAUAGUGAUUUUUUUUUAGUUCUACUCAUUUGGAGAUAUGUUAAAUCACAGGCUUUAUGUCAGGUCACAACACAUUAUGUCAUUUGCCUUCAUGCCCUCCUUAGAUGCUUUAUUGUGUCUUGUUUGGGAGUAUUAUUUUGUUGUAAUAUAAAAAUAUAAAUGUGAAGCAUAUAACUGUAUACAAGUCUACCUAGCUGUCUCCAAAUAAAUAUGCAAUCAUAACAUAUUAUAGUAAGUAGAUCUUUGUUGGGUGACGAUAUCUGACUCAUUUUCCGACACAUCGGAGUCAGUUGUAGCAACUCCAUAAACAACUCUGCAGAGAUGCCUACCGCAAUGGUUUUUCUUGCAAAAAUGUGUCAUUGAACAAGAUACAACUAGUCAGCAUUUCGUGAAAACGGAGAUUUCCCGUCGAAUUGGGACUCUCCUUUCUUCGCCCUCCUAAACCACGAAAGGGUACACGCCUCUUCACGUCACUUAUGCGCUUGGAUUUCUGAGAUUCUUCCCAAAACUAUUUUGUCGGAGAGCCGCCGGAACUAUGCUCUCACGGCUGAAACCCGCUGUUGGAGGCGGCCCCCCAUCAGCGGAUAAGCGCAGAAAGAAAGGCAAACGGCUGCCGCAGCUGGAAGAUUUAUUAACUCAGCGAGAUUUCACUGGGGCCAUUGCCCUUUUAGAGUUUAAGAAUCAGGUUGGAGAACAGGAGGAAGAUGCAGACCUCUGGAUUGGAUAUUGUGCUUUCCAUCUGGGUGACUACAAGAGAGCACUAGAGGAGUAUGAGAAUUUAACCAAGGGAUCUGCCUGCAAUCCUGAUGUGUGGGUGAAUCUAGCAUGCACUUACUUCUUCUUGGGAAUGUAUACACAAGCUGAACAGUCUGCUUUGAAAGGUCCUAAGAGUAGACUUCAGAAUCGUAUGUUGUUCCAUCUAGCACACAAGUUUGGUGAUGAGAAGAAACUGAUGAACUUCCAUCAGAAUUUGCAGGAUAUAACAGAAGACCAGCUUAGUUUAGCAUCUAUACACUAUAUGCGAUCUCAUUAUCAAGAAGCUAUUGAUAUCUACAAGCGCAUACUGCUUGAUAACAGGGAAUAUCUAGCCCUCAAUGUAUAUGUGGCCUUGUGUUACUACAAGCUGGAUUACUAUGAUGUCUCUCAAGAAGUGCUAGCUGUUUACCUUCAACAGGUUCCUGAUAGUACUAUUGCUCUUAACUUAAAGGCUUGUAAUCAUUUCCGACUCUACAAUGGAAAAGCCGCUGAGGCAGAGCUUAAAAGUUUGAUGGACAGUGCCUCAACAUCAUUUGAAUUUGCUAAAGAGCUUAUUAAGCAUAACUUGGUGGUAUUCCGAGGAGGGGAAGGGUCUCUCCAAGUACUCCCUCCACUGGUUGAUGUCAUUCCUGAAGCUAGACUGAAUCUAGUCAUUUAUUAUCUUCGGCAAGAUGAUGUACAGGAGGCUUACAACUUGAUUAAAGACCUGGAACCUGCAACCCCUCAGGAAUAUAUUCUGAAAGGAGUAGUGAAUGCAGUACUUGGACAGGAAAUGGGUUCAAGAGAUCAUUUGAAAAUUGCUCAGCAAUUUUUCCAACUGGUGGGAGGAUCUGCUAGUGAAUGUGAUACUAUCCCUGGGAGACAGUGUAUGGCUUCUUGCUUUUUUCUGCUCAGGCAGUUUGAUGAUGUCCUAAUAUAUCUCAAUUCAGUGAAGAGUUAUUUCUAUAAUGAUGAUACUUUUAACUUUAACUAUGCACAAGCCAAAGCUGCUACUGGAAAUACUAGUGAGGCUGAGGAGGUGUUCCUCUUGAUUCAAAGUGAGAAAAUAAAGAAUGAUUUUGUUUACCUCAGUUGGCUAGCACGCUGCUAUAUUAUGAAUAAGAAACCAAGAUUAGCCUGGGAACUCUACCUAAAGAUGGAAACUUCAGGAGAAUCCUUUAGUCUUCUGCAACUAAUUGCAAACGACUGCUACAAAAUGGGCCAGUUUAUUAUUCUGCUAAAGCUUUUGAUGUCCUCGAAGAUUGGAUCCUAACCCUGAAUAUUGGGAAGGCAAAAGAGGAGCCUGUGUUGGUAUCUUCCAAGAUGAUUGUUGCUGGCAGAGGCCUAAGUAUAUACACUG